AUGGAUAUUGAUAAAUAUUUAAAAGUAUAUCCUCAAUUGAUACAGAAGAGAAAAGCAUUAAUCCAACACAGGAAGAAACAAACCAACAUUGAUUACUGGGAUUCAUCUAAAAUUGUAUUAUCGAGUUUUAGUGAUCCAGAAGUUUACUGUAACAUUAAUUCAAUCCAAGAUGAUGCAUCUGACCCAUCUAUCGAAUCAGCACCAAUUAUCAAUGUAAUGCUUGAAGAGUUAUCAAAAGAAUCAAGUAUCAUUUACCCAAAAGAGGAAAGAAUUAACAAUAAAACUAAUUCAACCCAAGAAAAUACCAAUGAAAUAUCUAAAGUAGUACCAGAAGAAUUAGUAAUACAGGAAAGAAAAAGUGUUGACAUUAAAAUUAAGUUAACUCAAGAAACUGCAUCAAUACCAUCUUGUGAAUUAACAUCAAUUUACUGA